GCCUUUUUAUAGACGUAUUUGAUGAGAAUGACUUACUUCCUCUUUUGUGGCUUCUUUAUUAUAUAUAUAUUAUGUAUGGUUAUCCUAAUAGCCUUUAUAUAUUUAUGAACAUGCACUUUCUUUUUCAAUUAAUUGACCCAUUUGGUAAGUUACAUCAGUACAUAUCCCUAGACUGGAGAUAUUUUUUAAAAUAGAAUCCAGUUCCAAUUGCCAGGUUAUGUAUACACAUAACAUGUGCAGUGCUAUAAUUGGUGAUCAACAUUAUCAUAUGUGUGUUACAGAUUUUUUUAUAGCUUCUUGUGCUUUUUGAAAUUAUCAUAGAUGUUUUAUGCAUGCAACACACAUUAUCAUCAGUGUCACAUGAGUAUAUGUUCAGGCUUCUUUUUUAUUUAUUCAAAUCUUCGAAUAAGGAAAGCAUAUUUUAUACUUUCAACAGUUCAAAUGUUUUCUUCUUUACUCUUAGUACUAUAUGAACUAUUUAUGUAUUAGGCUUUUAUUUUUAUUCCAUAUAUAUUUCAUAUGGACAUGGACAAAGUGUUUUCUACAUUACCAUGAGUCAUUUAAUUUCAAUCUAAUGAGAAUAAUCUAAUUUAUUUUUAAAACAUUUUUGUGGCUUGUCAGAAGUGUGUUUAAAGAACAUUAAUGAAACAUUUUUGUGUUGUUUAUUUCCACAAUAAUAACUUUUACCACAUGCACAGCUUCCCCUGUACCUAAUGGAAAUAUCAAUCAGCAUUAUGAUGGAACAUCAAGCUUGAAGAGAACUAUUUAUCCACGAACCCAGUACAAUAUACCUCGAGCUCAUAUUACCAUUGACUCAGUUCAUUCAGACUCAGCUGGCAUGACCUCACCUUCUUCACCACGUUCUUCAGUUACUUAUGAACAGGUUCCUUCUUCUCCACCAAUAACAAUUGCUAUGGGCACUGGACAGCACUCAACAUAUACCAAUCCUCAUCACCCUAACAUCGGUGGAGAGAACACCAUAGGAAAACGCCCUAUUGGACACCCCCUUAAGAGCUUUAGUGUGCCUGCACCUCCACCAGAAAGUGCACCAUCAACUCCACAACCAAAACAUAUUGCUGUUUGUCCACAAGGAGUUGCCAGUCCCCUAAAAAAGACCAGAUAUGUUGGAGACAUAAAUGUGUCCAGCUUGACUAAUAGUUCCUCCCCACACCCUGUACCAGUUAAUACCCAUCCUGCAGUUACUGCCACACCCAACCUACCAGAUCUCACCUCCAGAUUUGAGAAAGAAGAUGAAGUAGCUUCAUCCUGCAGCACAGAGGAGCUCAAUCAAGAAAUGGCAAACUUGGAAGGUCUGAUGAAGGAUCUAAAUGCCAUAACUGCAUCAGAAUUUGAAUGCUGAAUACUUCCAUGUUGCAGAAGAAACAUUUGUUGCAUUGAAAGGUUAUUGACAUUUAACUACUUACAGAGACAUCUUUAUCAUCAAAUUAAAUUUUGAAGACCUCAUGCACAAAACUCGUGACAAAGAAAGAUGACACUUCUCAUAUUUCUUGCAUUAUCACAUGAAAAUAUUUCAUUACAAACCUGAAAUUUUUUCACGUGACAAAUUAUGGACCAAAAGAAUUUUGUGUUUAUAGGUAAAAGAAUUUUAACACAGAUGUGGAGCUGUGUUAGUUAUUUAAUAAAGUGAUUCUCUAUAUUUUUGGGAAGCUUUUAUUCAUCCAAAUACUCACAAACCUUUUAAAGUCACUUCUACUUUAAUGGGAUUAUAUGCUGUGGUCACAGUGCAUCCAGGUGAUGAAAUACUUUGUGUUGAGAUUUUAAGCAAGCUCAUGAACUUAGAGAAUUCACAGUCCAAUUUGUGAAUUCCAGUAUACACCUUAUGAAAGGUAUUGAACUUGGAAGUUUGAUUUUUUCAAGUUUACCUUAUCAGUAUGUUUGUGUACCUUGGAAAGAAGAAAUAACUUCUACAACAUUUGUAUGUGAAUCCUAAUAGUUUGUGUUCAAGAUUUUUUUCAGUUAUAUAUAUAUAUAUAUAGGAUUUAUUAGUGAGUUAGUGAAGGUAGCUCUUAAGUUACCUCCCACUGGAUAAUAUUUAUGCACAUACUACAACUAGAAGUAUAACAGUUUUAGUUUCUCUUGUGUUAUAAAUAAUGACAGUUAUUACUGACACUCAAAUUCAAAUGAAAAAGCUUCUGAAACACCAAACUCAGCUUAAUAAUGAUCAUUGAUUGUUUACUUUGUCAAUUGGGGAAACCUAAAUAUUUAAGUUAACAUGUGCAUUAUAUAUAUAUAUGAGUUAAUGAUGCAGCAACAUCAUAUUUGAAUGUAUUUUGUGUCUGUCUUUUUCCUGAACUAGACAAAAUUUUGUUUUGUUUUUUUUGCUACACAGUUUUAAUCCAACAUUUGAUAAGGUAGAUUCAAUAAGUAACUGACUAUUUUAACUUUUUUAUUCUUUUGCUGAAGAGUUUGGUCUUAGAAAAUUAUCUAAAGUAUAUCAAACCCAGUUUCACUAUGAAAGUAAUUGUGUUUUCACUUACAAUAUAAAAGUUAUCUGUAUUCUGGCUUUGAAGUUAAGGUGUACUGUACACAGAUUACUCACUUAAUUUUUUUUUAUUCAACUUUGUAAAGAAUACUUUGUUCUUACUAAUUAUCAAGUGCCAUUUAUGUGUAUAUAUUUUAUAUAUAAACACAUGUAAAUUAAUUGCUAGGUAAUGCACAGUUGUGUUAUAUUCAUGAUAUUUCUCUCCCUAAAACUAUCACAUAAAGAGGAGAUUUCCAUAAACACUCAUUAAAGUCACCAAAGCAUUUUUGAACUUUUCAUAUUUGAGAUUAUGUUUUAUUUGUGAUUUUUAGUUGUUGACCCAGUCUUAUCACAAAUAUCAGUAAAGUUUCACGUGAGAAUAAUACUUUUAAUAAUGUACUUGUAGGCUUAUACUAUUUUUUGUAGUGUAAGUAGUUGAUUUUUUAUGUGCCCCCCCUCCAGUUUAGAAACUUUAGAAAGAUCUAUUUCUUCUAUUAAUUUUUAUUGUAAAGGUAAUUUUAUUUAUGUACUAUUUCUUGCUUCAGUUAUUUCGGGAUGUGUACCAAAACUGAAAGAGAAUAAAUGUAUUGUCAUUUUACUUAAA